UAUAAGCAAAUUAAAUUUGGUUGAGUAAGUUUGGGUCAGAUAGACCAAGCCCAACCAAAUCCGACUUCACACCUAACAAUUGACAUUUGCAGCUCAUAAGAUAAAUCCAAUUGGAAACCAUCAAUAAUUGCUACCAAACACUCCCCCUCCAAAAUACUGAGACAGACAGAAAGAGAGACGAGGGAAGCAUGGAGAGAGAAUCACGACCGUUGAUCCUGGCGAUGAAGGGCCAUCCGGGAACCGGCAAGAGUACCCUAGCCCGCGCCAUCGCCGCCGCCCUCCGCCUCCCCCUCCUCGAUAAAGACGACAUCCGCGACCCCACCCUCCCCGUCCAAACCCUACUGAUCAACAAUUCCCCCUCCGCUUCCGCCCUACUCAACGAUCUCUCCUACGCCGUCCUCUGGCGCGUCGCCGAGACCCAGCUCCGCCUCGGCCUCUCCGUCAUCAUCGACUCCCCUCUCUCCCGCCGAGCCCACCUCGACCGCCUCCUCUCCCUCGCUGCCGGCUCCGGCGCCCGCCUCAAGGUUGUGGAGUGCCGGCCGGGGAAUGAGAACGAAUGGCGACGCCGGCUUGAGGCUAGGGCAGCCAGCGGUGGAGAUUGUGAGGAGGGAUGGCACAAGCCGGCGAGUUGGGGCCAGUUGAGGCGGUUGGUGGAGGGGUAUGAGGGGAGAUCGGAUUAUGAGUUUGGGGGCGUGGCGAAGCUGCUUGUUGAUACGACGGCGGGGGAGACGGUGGAGAAUAUGGUGGCGAAGGUUUUAGAGUUUUUAGUAGAUGAUAAUUGCGAGAGUGUUGAUUGAUGCAAAGAUUGUAGCUUUCAGAAUUUGAAACACUAAAUACCGAGAAAGAUUGGUGCUUUUGCUUCUCCGUUUCCUUUUUACCAAACUUUAUGCAAAGAAAAUCAAA